UUUCACAGUUCACAGAAAACCAAAACAAUCAUUGUUUUGCUCUGGGAUCAAAGUUACAAAGUAAUGCCCGUGUGAAGAAUGACAAGCAAUUGGUGAUAGGGACGUUGGUAAUAAGCCAGUUCUUUGCCCCACUGAUGUAAUGACAAGUUGCAAGUUCUAGUUGUGUGGAAGUAUUUUUGAUCAUCAUGUCUCAACCAGCUCUACGAUACCAAGUCAAGCUGCUGUACAAGACUCUGCUUCAUUUGGGUAAGGAGUACCCAAGAGGAGCUGACUACUUUCGUACUCGUCUCCAUGCUGCUUUCAUGAGGAACAAGGACGUGACAGAGGAAGCUGAAGUGAAAGCCCUUGUUGCCAAAGGAGAAUAUGUUGUGAAAGAACUGGAAGCUCUGUAUAUGCUCAGGAAGUAUCGGACUCUCAAGAAGAGAUACUACGACGAAGACUGAUGCUCUUCAUACAACACAGUCAUAGAGUGGUUCUCAGGGGUGCAGUGAGUGGUUUUCCUCUUUUAGGAAGUUGUGACCGAAGUUUAUUCUUGGCAUAAAUUUCUUUCAUUCUAAAUUAACUUUGCAAUCUAUCACUUGCAUGAAAAGGCUCUUAUUUCGGUAUAGGGCAGUUUUGGUAAAAUCAUCUGCCUGUUAUAUUAUUACUAUGAGUAAACUGUCUUUUUAUUACUAUGGCACAAUUGUUUGGAGUGAAGUGCAAGGUUACGUCUGACACCAUAAGAGCAAGCUCAUUAACUAACUUUAAAAGUUGACAAACCAUCACUUUCAUGUCACACGUAUCCAUAAUAAAUCAAUGCAAGGACAUAUUUGUAUGCUUGUGUAUGUGCAUGCAUUCAUGCAAAUGCAGGAAACGGAAGGGGGACAGAGCAAAAGAGAGAGAGAGAGAAUCAGAGAGAGGCAGUGUUUAUUCAUAUACAGUGGAGUCCACUUGAACCGAAAUCUACAGAACUUGCGAAUUUUCUUUAAGUUUAGUCGUGUUUUUUAUUUAGAAA